AUGGCGGAAAAUUUUUUUUCACUAGCAAAACGAUGUCUAGAAGCUAUAGCAGAAAAUAUUGAAUUGCGUUGUAAAGAUGUAAGACUGAAUGAUGGUUUCAUAUAUCCUGAUUUUGCAUUCUCUCAGUUAAGUGAGUAUUUUAUCAAGGAAGUCAAUUUGACUCCGUGUGACCUCCGCCCGCCCUCGCGCGUGCCGGUAAAAGGGUGAUCUCACAGUCACAGUGCGCGUUCGGCAUUCGGGUUUGCUAGUUUAAACUUAAUGUAGCUGAUCUUUUUGUCUGCAUUAAAACAAUUUAAUGGAUUUAUGAUAUCAUCCCACCCUCCUCCAGAGGCUUACACAUUUUUUACAGCGAAGAGAGGUAGUCCACAUGGCCUGGACUACACGAGAGGAAGCAUGUGAUACACAUUGGGAAAUUAAGGGUCGUGUUCACCAAUUACCUGAAUGCCUUACUUUUUCCGGGCAACAGCCCUGACUUGUUAAAUUACUGUAGAAGUGGAUUAAUAAACUAAAACUAAAGCUGCAAACACCUGCGUGGAAGAGAGAUAUAUCAUUGGACAGUAUUGUUAUUAUCAUAUUAGAUCCAUAUGCCUGGGCAUGGUGGGAAUCGACCCUACGACCUUUGGAAUACUAGUCCAAUGCUCUGCCGCAGUCAGGUCGAGUAUGUGAUAUUCGAGUAUGCUAGUAUUCCAAAGGUCGUAGGUUCGAUUCCCACCAUGGCCAGGCAUAUUUUUCGAGCUUGCCUGGUGUGGAUAUACACUCAGAGUAACAUCACAAACAUAUUCACCUGAGUACAUAAUAGGGAUGAGCCGAUUAAUCGGUACGGCCCAUAAAUCGGCCGAUAUUUGGCGUUUUCAAAAAUAUAAUUGGUAAUCGGCCGAUUAUUUUUUAUAAUCGGCUAUUUGCCGAUAUUCACAAUUUUUUCAUUUUCUUAAGAAAAAUAACUCUAUAAUCUAGUAAUCUACACUCCGUCUUGUUUUUGACACUUUUGUUGUGCGUAUUUAAUCCCAUAUCCAUUAACUCAUUUGACUCGUACAGUGACCGAUAACUGUCCAAUAUGAGUAAAUAUUUUCCGGAACACACUAAAACUAGUACGUCAAUUUGUGGCGUAUACACAAGUAUUAAAAGUUGUCAAAAAACCGUUAUCCGGCGCUUGUACCCCGGUACACAGAAAUAUCGGCCAUAGCCGAUUAAUCGGCCGAUUAUUUUUUAUAUCGACUCCGAUAUAUCGGAUCGGCGAAUCGGCUUUUUUCUGGUAUCGACUCAUCCCUAGUACAUAACACCAACACAGAAAAAUUAUAUUAGAUCCAUGCAAAACCUAACAGGAUCCUAACCCUAAAUGGCUAAACCCUUUCCAAACUGUACCCUACCCCAAUACUUUGCAAAAUGCUUGCCAGUUAGCUCCCAAAUGAUCUUAUAUACUGUAUACUGCUGGUCACACUCACAAGUAAAUCCUCUGCACACUUUUCUAAAAAUUGGUCGAGAUUCAACAAAAGUCUCAAAUUUCAAUUUCCAACCUGCAAAUGGGCAUACUCUGCCUUAUAAAAUUGGGGAAUAAUUCCCCGGGAAUUCAUCUUGGUCAGAGGAGGUAGCCACACUCGUAGUCAAAUCUAAAGCUCUCCAAUACUAAUGAUCACAUUGUUCUGUAGGUGACAGCACCAUACAAGAAAUUUUGGAUCUUGCCUUUUCCAAGAAUAUGUUGUCACCAGAAUAUUUUGCUUGUCUCAUUCAUAAGGAUGUUUUAAAAUUGGAUUUAAGUAGAUAUGUGAACCAACGAUUGAUCUCUGAUCAAAUAUUGCUACAACUGCCAUGCAAGGUUUGUUAAAAUUUAUGCUUCUAUAUAAAGAGCUCAGAUAACUAAUUUUGUAAUUUUAUUCUGUCUAUUAAAAGACCAGACAAUUGUCCUCCUCAACAUAGAGAUUAUAAAUAACACUAGAGGAGGCAUCGAGGUUAAAAUUUGGGAACACGGCUAAUGGGGGGGGGGGGGCAAAUUUAGGUCCCGGAUAUAAAAUCAUGCUCGAACUCCUCACCAAUGAGAACAUGAGUACACAUCUGGGACUUAAAUUUGGCCUCCAAUAGCCACAUUCCUUUUUUUUUGCUUGAUGUCAAGAUUGUGAUGCCUCCUCUGGUGUUGGUAUUUAUAAUCUCUAUGCUCCUCAGCCCAUAUCAACAUAUUCUCUCUGAUCCACACUCUGCAUCAUCACUCAGUAAUUAUCACAUGUCCAUACAUCUCAGUCUUGACUCUCUCAUCUUCUCUGUAGAAUACCUACCACCUUAGCAAAAUCUCUUGAUCUCUUUACUCCAUAAUGUCUCUAACCAGUUCUUCUUCACUCUGGUUAAUAUCUCCUGGUUAUCCUAGAAAUAAACCUAUUUGGGCUUAAUAUUCCUGGUUAAAUUAACUUCUUUCCUACUAGAAUGGUAUUGUUUUUAGAGUGCACCUUCACAAUGUCUACCCCACAUCUUCUGAUUUCUUUAUUCCUCAUCUUAUCCUUCAGAAAAACGUCUUGAAUCCAUCUCAACAUUCGCAUCUCCAUCAUUAUCAGGUCUACGUAUUUCUUUUCCCUGUAUCGUCCAGCGAUCAGUCUUCAAGUCAUUUUUCAUUUCAGAUUUCUUGGCAUUUUCCUGUUGUAGAUGACUCGUGUCAUUGCUGUUCUGCAGUGUCAUAUUGCUCAGUAUGAUAUUUGAACAGGAUUUUUUUCCCUUUGUCUAGAAACUUGUCAGUUUGAAUCUUUGUGGUCUCGAAGUAUCAUCCAGUAGCUUAAAUAAGACAAUACAGAAUCUAACAUGUCUCACGUGUAUAAAUUUAUCACGCUGUCGUGGAUGUUCGGAUUCUGUUCUGAAAAACCUUGCCAAAAACUGCCCUAACUUAAAGGACUUAAGCCUCGAGUGGUGUAGCCAAAUCACUGAUCACGGAAUUGAUGCUCUGCUCAAGCCAGCUGACGGCUCUGUAGAACCAUUGAAGAUUGCAUAUUUGAAUGUAUCAUCAACCUCUGUUACCACGAAAAGCUUAUGGAUGUUGUUGAAUAGCCUACCACUGCUACUUUCGUUAUCGUUUGCUAGAAUAAGAGGUUCUGGAAAAUCUGUUGCCGAUCGCACCAUGUUUAUGAAAGUUAAAAUUGGCCAAUUACCACUUCAGUACUUGGAUAUGUCAGGCACAUGUACAGGAUUAAAUCAGCUGAAACUAGUUCUUGAAAGUUGCCCUAAUCUUAUUAAACUCAAAUUAACUAUACCUUUCUACACAAACGUUCAUACUGAAACUUUCUCCGAAAGCUUGAAGAAUCUUUCACAAUUAAAAUUACUUCACAUCAGCGUAGAUUACAUUCCAAAUUCUGGACCACGUCCUCAACCAUUCCCGUUCGAACGCAUUGAAUCUUUUCUUCAGCACAUUGGUCACCAACUUGAAACACUUAAUCUGGCUGGUCCAAUGGAAUUAAGGUUAUUGCUGGUAUGCCUUCACUGUAAAUCACUUAAACAGUUAGUUCUGUAUGAUUGUGAACUGGUCCAACCUUUCCUUCCAAGCUUGGAGACAUCGCCAAAGGAAGAUUGUAAAGCCAAUACUGGGUGCAAUAUUGCCAUGUUCAGUGACUUCUGCUCGUUGCAGUAUAUCCAUCUUGAAAGAAUUCAAUUUAAAGACAUCUCGCUCCACCAAAAGCAAGAAAUUCUGUGCCAACUGUUGACAUCUCAUCCCAACCUUCUUCAACUCUUUCUUAAGUCCGUUCCCAUUGAGGAAAAAUUUUUAAUAAGGAUUCUUCAAAGUUCUUCUGGGACUCAACUUGAAAAGCUGGUGUUGUCGUGUUAUGAUAAUAUCACUGCUAAAACAAUCCAUGCGAUCGAAGAAACUUGUCCUAUUUUAAAACGCCUCGAGCUACACCACUGCUGGGAUAUUACUUGGUAUGAUAUUUGGCAGAUCAACGAACUUUUCAAAAGAAAUGGUAGGAGGCUUGUUGUCGACUUACCCGAAUUUCACAUAUGAUUAAUGAUGGGUUAUUAAAAUCUGAAAAUGUGUUGACUGUUGUUAUAGUUUUAUCUUAGUCAAAAAAUGUUUACAGAGAUUUAAACUGUGUGGAUCUUCGUUUUUCUAAAUGUUCAAAACUUAUGUCUAAUAAACACGGUAGUGAUUUCCUUUGUCUAUUCCUCAUGAAUUAUUUACAACAUGAACAGCCGUGUUGUACUGGAUAAAUGGCUUGUGAAACAUCUUGAUGAGAACAUUCUGCGAAAAAUGCAACUUUAUGCCCUCUAGGCAGCACUCUAACCAACUGAGCUACAGAGUCCCUGAUGAUUUGGGUGUAGUUUCCUGUGGGGAGUGUGAGUACGCAAUAUUACGUAAGCCCUAAUUUUAGGUGUAGUUUCCUGUGGGGAGUGUGAGUACGCAAUAUUACGUAAGCCCUAAUUUUACUGUAAGAUAAGCUAACGUCACGCAAACCUGUAAUAUAAAUUAUCCGGAUAUAAAUUAUCCUACUUCUACCAACUAUAACUGUUUUGACCAUGUUGACAUAAGCAGUAGAGUGCUCAGUGCGUUACAUGAUCGAGAGCAAAUGUGUUCGAUUUGACAACAACCCUAUUAAACCCAAUAACCUGUUCGAAUCGAGAGCUAAAGAAUGGACCUAUUCCCUAAUGAACAAAAUUUUGGUCUAGACAAUUCUAGAAAAAAGUUUCACUACAGCUUGAAAGAGCAUCACAGAAUUAGUAAUAUUCCGAAGUUUCGUUGCGAAAAUAUGUUGUAAAAUGCGGAUAAUAUAGCCUUGGGAAUUUUGCCGGUUUUCAGUCAUUUUGUAUUACGCACGGGAAAUUGAUACCGCUUUCUGAAAAAAGGUAUCAAUCGAACUCCCGUGCGUAAUACAAAAUGACUGAAAAACAGCAAACUUCGCAAGGCUAUAUUAUCCGCAUUUUACAACAUUUCGCAACGAAACUUCGGCAUAUUACUAAUUCUGUGAUGCUCUUUCAAGCUGUGAUGAAAUUUUUGUCUAGACUCGUCUAGAUCAAAAUUUUGUUCAUUAGGGAUCAAAAUUUGGUUCAUUUAAACCAUACUAACGCUUGCAUAGCCUGUGUUCCAGUCCACUGCACUUGUUAGUCACACAUACAAGAAAACAUCUUAGACUUGGUUCAAGUGUCUUUCAAGGGGUUGAAAAUAGCGAUGCAUGCGAGCGGUGAAAAAAAGGCGUGAAAAUAUGAGAGAAAAGUAGGGACCAAGUCUAGUAUAUUCUUCACAAUACCGUUUAUGAAAUCGACAUAGCAUGGUUUUGGUGGUAAGUUGCAUUUUUGCCAGAAGACUGUGAUCAGGCUUUUCCCCUGGAUCCCUUUUCCCCGGAUCUACCGAUACACGUCGGGCAGAUCUUUUUGUCCGCCCCCCCCCCCACUAAUUUUCCCUCCCGUACGCCUAUGAUCACUCCGUACCACUGCCAGAUAAAAAGAGAACACAAACUACCAGUUUAGUAUCUCGUACUGUUUUUACCUUUGAUACCCGGAGGCUGGAGUGGUGUUGAAUAUCGGCAAAAAAUCACCGGGGUAAAAUAUCCUGUAUUUCAAUUCAAAUCAUAUGACCUCAAAAUACUUGACAGUUCGCCAGGAACACAGCGAACAAUGUUUUCAACAUUGAUUUUCGUACUUUGCACACUUUAUACCGUAGUCUACACUCAACAAAUACCGGACGAGAAAUGGUCUUAUGUGAACGUGCGUAAAGAUGCCUUUAUGUUUUGGUGGCUGUAUGGCGCUCAGACGGCAAACCCCGAUGAGCGUGUUUCAAAACCAUUGGUGUUGUGGAUUCAAGGAGGGCCAGGCGCUUCCGGAACAGGAUUUGGGAAUUUUGAAGAGCUUGGUCCGGAGGAUAUAAAUGGCAAUAAGAGAGAAUAUACUUGGUUAAAAGCUGCAAAUGUUUUGUUUGUUGAUAACCCCGUGGGAUCAGGGUUUAGCUAUGUUACUGAUGACAGUGCUUAUACUACCAAUGUUACAGGUUGGUAUUCUUGGGUUUAAUAUGGUAUCACAUAAGUGACGGGGGGGGUGGUCAACUCUAAAACAAAACACAGUUAUCAAAGUGAGUUGAUUGUUUGUUUUAUGUAUAGCCUUGUGUUUGGUGCCAAAUAGAUAAUUUCGGAUCAUUUUCUCACCCCAAUACAGCAUAAGCAUCAAUACAUUUGAGGUUGACCCCCCCUGUCAGAUUCACUGCACGGUGGUUAUACAUCUUGUUUCCUGGUGGUUAUAUACAGCCUGGGUUCCAUUUGGUCAGAACUCUCAUGACCAUAGCAUUGCCCCGCUUCCCAAAGAAACACUCAUGGUGGGCCAAAAAGGGACAGUCACAGUCAGACCUGCUUAUAUGGAGCAAAGCAAAUCAGAUUUGACCACAAAAAUUUAUGAUGUAUUUACUCAAUUUCAUAUCCCAGGCAUUAGGCAUGUGCAUUUGAUUUCAACUUGCCAAGUUACCUGGUCAGAGUUUUACUUUCGAAAUUAUUCAUUUACACUAGCCGAUAUCCUGGCUCUCUUCUGCUGGGGUGUUGCUAUUAGGGGCAUUACCCAGUUGUGCCAUGUAAUUUUUGCUAAUUCUGAGGCCUGAACUUGCCACUCAGUUUAUACUGAAAAUUACUUCCAUUUUAGUGGACAGCAUGGUGCUAUUGCUUCAAACUGUUAAUUCUCACACCAGGUUUAAAUAUGGGUCAAAUAUGUACUGUAGGCGUGCUGGUUAAAAGAUUCAGAAUGUCUUAUUAGCAAUGAUGCUGCAUAAUAUGGACCAAUAGAUUACCUAUUUUGAUUUUUUCACUAUAUACAGGUAUUGCUGCUGAUCUGUUAACAAUGCUCAAAUCCUUUUUGGACGAAUUGCCAGUUUUUAAGAAAAUCCCAUUUUACAUUUUCUGUGAAUCAUAUGGUGGGAAAAUGACCUCUGCAUUUGGGGUUGCACUUUAUGAGGCUAUUCACAAAGGAGAGAUCCAGGUUAACUUUGUGGGCGUUGCUUUGGGUGAUUCUUGGAUAUCUCCGGUUGAUACUGUGUUAACCUGGGGGCCGUAUUUGUAUUCGUUCUCCCUCUUAGAUCAGACAGAAUUGGCAUAUGUUAACAAUCUAGCAAACCAAACUGCACAAGCAUUUUAUUCUGGGGACUAUGACAAGUCUACGACACUUUGGGAUGAAGUAGAAAAUGCCAUUGCAGACAGAACUGAUAAUGUAAACAUUUACAAUGCCUUGCAACAUAAUGUGGAAGAACCUUUCAAAAAUAAAAAACUUGGUCGACUGUACUGGCAAAACGUUGCAAGACUGCAACAACAAAGCCUUUCAGAUUUCAUGAAUGGACCAAUCAGAAAAAAGCUUGGAAUUAUACCUGAUGAUGUCACAUGGGGUGGACAGUCUGCAGAGGUAUUUGAAAAGCAACGCAUUGAUUUCAUGAAACCAACUAUUAAGGAUGUUUCGCAGCUAGUAAAUACUGGUUUGAUGGUGGUUGUCUACGAGGGUCAGCUUGAUAUCAUAUGUGAUACCAUAGGUGCCGAAAUAUGGAUUGACAAACUUGCUUGGACUGGACUUAAAGCGUAUUCCCAGAUGCCAAAGGUCCCCCUCUAUGCUCCAUCUCAAGAACAGGCUAAAAAUACUGGUGCAUUUGUCAAAGAAUAUGAAAAUUUCCAUUUUUAUAUUGUUCUGAAGGCUGGCCAUAUGGUACCAGCAGAUGCACCAGAAAUGGCACUGUCUAUGGUUAAGAGAAUCCUGGGACAUACAAAAAUGAAGAAUCUAGCUUAA